CAUUUGUUGUUUCUCGGAGCAAUGCAUUGAGUGCAGGGCGACAAGACGCGCUGCAUACCGACAAGAGAUAGAGGAGAGGAGGCUAAUUACGGGACGAAUUGUCUACUACAGAACGCAGUAUUGUAUCCAUUAGUUUGCAAUGUUCUGUCGAAUAUUUGGCAGAAAACAGUUGAGUAUUUACCUUCGUGUCUAGGUGCGUAUUUGAGCACAUUUGCUCUCCAAACCAUUGAAAACAACAUCAAUUCAGUGCUUGGAAUAUUUGAGAUUUUUGCACCAGGAUUUUGUCAUUUGGUAUUCCCUCUACGUCUACAAAAACAUCAACAAUCCCUUCUUUGGCUAAGGGGAAUCAUCAACGAGAAAAGUCAAGGGGAUAGACUCAUGUUUUUGUUCAGUCACAUGUAAAAGCAGUUGGUUAUUACUGUUGGACAUAAAUAAAACAUACCAGGUAGAUAUUUUUACAUUUUUCCUGCAAAGGCUCCAUACAAGGGGACUACAGCGGUAUUCUACUACGAAAACAACAACUAAUAAUCCAUCGAAACAUCAAAACAUGAGCUGCCCAGUCUUACGAAACGUGUUCGCUGGUUUGCUCCUCGCUUUGCUGUCGAAAGGGCCAAGUGUGCACGGAGCUGAAUUCGGCCACCUGCCCGACAACAUUACAGUGCUGGAAGGAGAGAGCAUCAUUCUGAGGUGUAAAAUUGACGAGGAGGUGACCCACAAGGCGUGGUUGAACCGCUCAAACAUCCUGUUUGCGGGGACAGACAAGUGGUCGCUGGACAGACGGGUGUCGCUGGUCAACAGUAACACUAGUGACUUCUCCAUCCAGAUAGAGAGGGUGGAGGUGGCUGACGAGGGGCUGUACACCUGCAGCUUCCAGGCCAGCAACAAGCCCCGCAUAGCCCACGUCUUCCUCAUCGUCCAAGUGCCAGCCAGAAUCGUCAACAUCUCCCAAGAUGUGUCAGUGAACGAGGGGGGCAACGUAUACCUCUUCUGUCUGGCGGUGGGACGACCUGAACCCACUGUCACCUGGAAGGAGAACAAAUAUGGUCUAAUGAGUGAGGGGGAAUUCCUGGACAUAACAGAGAUCAAGCGGCAUCAGGCGGAGGAGUUUGAGUGCAUCACCAACAACGGAGUGACGCAGCCCGACAUACGCAAAGUCAAGGUCACCGUCAACUACCCUCCCAUGAUCACAGACGUGAAGAACAUGCCAGCCCAGCUGGGCAAAACGGCCAUUUUGCGCUGUGAGGCCAUGGCAGUACCCACGGCCUCCUUUGAGUGGUACAGAGAUGACCGCAGGCCGGUAGAGAACGACAAUACUCUGAGGAUCAAGAACGAGAAGACGCGCUCACUGCUGCUCUUCACCAACGUGACGGACAAACACUUUGGCAACUACACCUGUUUUGCCUCCAACAGGCUGGGAGCCUCCAACGCCAGCAUGCUGCUCUUCCGGCCGGGAGCCGUGUACGGGCGAGGCGUGGCCGUCAACGUGGGGGUGAGUGCGGGCGUCGGCUUCUGGCUUUGCCUCUCUGUCUCUCUCCUGAUGAAGGUCUAAGAGCUUUUCCUGGAAGUCCCGUCCCGCCUGCGGAAGGAAGAAGGAAUUUCUUUAAUUACGAACCCAUCACUGUGAAACAAAAAUGAUAUGCAUUAUUCCAGGAGCCAUUGACGCAUCGCAUCUCACACCCACACCAACUUCCCCCUAUUCCUCACCCCACUACCUCCCCCCUUGCUACCUAUAUUGCCACUAUCACCAUUAUUGCCACUAUCACCACUUCAUGCUGUUUCCAAUGAGGGUCACAUUGGUGAUGUCUAUGAUGUCUGUGUUUAUUAAGAAUGAUAAUUGUGAUGAUGAUGAUGAUGAUGAUGAAAACAGAUAUUUAACACCAGAAUAAUACUAUUAUAAAUCUAAAUGAUGACUGAUCUACACUACUGUUGGUCUCAUAGACAUUUGAAAACUAGGAGUAACAACACUCCUAUUUAUGGUUGGAACUACUCUAUAAUAACAAUGAUUAGUUAUUAUGAUGAGGGUCACGUGACCUUGUUGAAAGCUGUCCAUUGGCCCGUUGGCCCUGUGACAUUUGACCCUAUGAUCACACAAGUACUGUUUUAUUUAGUUUUUAACCGUGUGGCAGUGUAUAGGACGCGGCUGCUACGAUUGAUGUCAAAACACACAUGAAGGGUGGGCGGUGGGGGGGGUUCUAUAUAGCCUUCGCCCUUCUAGUGCAUCCUUUUGGGAUCGCAACCAAGACGAAGCACGUGAGAAGCCCCCCCCCCCCCUCAUCGUUAAGGUGGUUUGUGCUCUGUCUCGUGUGUAAAUAUAAUGCAGUACAGAAGCCAUGCCGUUACUAGAGGCAGUCUAUCCACAUCCAACCCUCCCAUUGGCAGUGGCUAAUGUGGAUCCUAAUCAAAUAUCCUAAUCAAAUAUCCAGCAAAUGACAUUACCCAUCAGCCUCUAUUACAGUUUUCAUAACCAGGAAGGGACUGUAGAAAUAACAAUCGUGUCUCCUGCUUUGAAGGCGUUGACCAGUCAUCCUCCUUCCUUGUCGCUUGUUGAUAGCAUGUACCGGUUAGAGAUGUUCCUGUCGUGAAACCUCCCUCCCACUCCCCCUCCUCCCCUGCACUGUGUCCGUUUUACUCUGCAAGGUUAAACUGCUAUAACUUUUUUGGUGUUGAUAAUAAUACUGAUGAUGUUAAUAAGUAUUUAAAUAAAUAUGAAAAGUAAUUCCAUGUGAGAAAAAAAAAAAGAACACAUACUACUCCAGAGCUCAUGACGAGCCGUGUGUGCAAAAACAUAUUUUGUACUUAAUCCCUCGGAGAAUUCGCACUCGUUGAACUGAACGACAACGGCAAAAGACGAAGUUGUCAGCUUUUCAAGUUGUGCUCUUUUUGACAAGGAUUUUAAAAACACAUGGAAGUUGAUCCCGAGGGAGUCUUUUCAUCCAAAAGAGUCCACAGUCAAUGAAAUGUAAUAUCGUUUGUAAACGUGUCUGUAUUAAAACCUUUGUUUUCAUGCUGUUAACCUGUAUAAGACAUGUUACACAUAUUACACAUAUUCAACCAGCUUCCAUAGCGUGUCACUCUCCAGACAGACCAGCUCCAUGGAUAAAUGAUUUAAAGCGAUGUAUGUAAAGCAGCGUCCCUGUAAGUCAGUCAGCCCCUGUAUGGCAGGACAGGCGCACCAGGAGAUAAAGAUGUAAUUAGCCAUUACCUAUGGCUGGAUAAGCGACAGGGCCUACACUCUCCGGCUUCCCCCGGUGUCCUUCCCGCCAGCCAUGGACAGGCCCCAUAAAUCACGUUCAAUCCUGGCCCUGACAGCAUCCUCCUCAAGGACACCCUCUUCCCUGUAAAGCAGAUGCGGCGCGUCCUCACAAACCACCACACCUGGGCCCUGAUUGACCCCCCCCCCCCCCCCCCCCCCCCAGGGUUCAAUUAUCCAGCCACUUUACCUGCACAGAUCAACCACUGAGACGUGUGCUAUGAGGCUCGAUGACACCCCAACUACCCAUCCGCUGUCUCUCUGUCAUGUCUCUCUGUCAUGUCCUGCUGUGUCUAUGUCUAUAUGCAAACACUAGCAACUAGCUGACUACCCACAAUUCCUGUGACCUUACAGGAAUAUGCAGCAUCCGUAUUCAGUAUUCUGCGAAUAGCUGUCAUCUUUUUUUGUUGGAUUUCAUUUUAACCAACCUGCUAACUAAGAUAUAGGAGAGGCAUCCAAUCUGGUUAAUCUGUGCUAUGAUAGUAAAGGGUGCCCCUAACAAUCUAUUCAAGUAUGGGACUGUUUUAGUAAGCCUAUUGUAUGAAGUGUGCUAAUAUAUGAAGAGAUGUGAAGCUCUAGCAAGAGUGAAUGUCCCCUUUAGCAGGAGGCUAGUCAAUGAAAAUCUGGUUGUCUCACUGAAUAUAGUGUGAGACGUGUUCUGUUGAUGCCCGUUGCUCUAUGCAAUGUAGUCAGUCACUGGUAUGUCUGAAGGGCAACAGACAGACCCACUUGUGUUCAUCUUGUUUUGCUCAGACUCACAGGACAUUGAUUGGUAUCGAUUUUCAAGCACAAGAGCAGGUUGUUUUGUUCAGUGAUUCUGUUUUUCCUUCUUUGACGUUUUCUCUCACUCACGCUGUCUUUCUGUCUGUCUUCUCUCUUUCACAUAUACUGUCUCAUGUCAGCACCCAGCUCAAUUUUAUCAGUGGAAUGAACUUCUGUAUGUACAUACUCUGUCCUUGAAGAAAAAACUAAAAGAAAAUAACAAAAACAUACUGUCAUGUUUCUCAAUGUGGGUUUGAAAAAAAGCAUGUAAAUGUUCGUUUUGGGGGGACUUUGGAAGAAAAAAAAAGCUGUAUCUUGUGUUUGGGCUUUAGGCUGGGGGAAAGGCUGGGAAAUGUGCUUUUAAGUUCAUGCAAUGGAGGGCGUUAUGUAUGGUGGGCAUUUGUAAUAACCCCAAAUGAGUUUGAGUGUCUCCGUGAGUUAAAUGUGAAAGUUAAAUCAGACUCUGUGUGGUGCAGAGGACUGGAAAUGGGAAAAGGAAGGAUGCAACAAAUGCACUUCCUUGAUGGACAGUGGGAAGAAGCCCCGACUGGUGGGGACAAAGCUCUGAGGCAGAGGGAGAUGGGAUGACUCUGACCAGACAGUGAACUCUCCAUGGGGGGAGAACGAGAAAAGACAGAGAAGACACUUGAUAGGAUAGCAACUCAGAUAGCAUUCCUAAAAUGACCGCUGCGUCGUCCCUCCUGAUCUGCUAGCCUAUCAAGCGAGCGCUUUACACUUUAAUGAGAUGGUGUGGUGUCAUGUAGCUUGACCUGUAAUUACAGCACAGAGACAUACUGUAUGAUUCCAAUGGUCGUAAGUGGUGCAUUCACAUGUGGUUGAUCACUCCCAACAAUUCUACGGGCACCACGAAGCUAAUUCUACGGGCACCACGAAGCUAAUUCUACGGGCACCACUCGAGCAUUGCUAAGCAGCACUUUUUGGCUUAUGUUGAUGUACAUAAUAUAAACGAACUUGCUUCAUUUAUAUAUUAGAUUAUUUAAAUGUUUUGAAGAAAAUUAUAACCAUAUUUGGGUGGUGUGUUUUUUAAAUUUAUGAGUGACAAGUCGGGUAGUAUAUGAAAAUACAGUGGUAGAGUAGCAGUAGAAGCUAGAUAACUAUACACCCAGUCACCGUUUCAAUGUACUCAUUUUUGUGUUAGAUCCUGAAUCAUUAUAACCACUAUAUUCUCACAUCGAACAUUUCCCCAACACACUUUCAGUUCCAAAUGCAAUGGUUAAUCGAUACAUUGGACUGGAUCGCAUGAAAUAGGGCAAUUUCUCCCCAGGGUCACUUUACAAGGGCCCAAAGACAGAAUUGUCAAGUGUCUAUAGCAAGGCCUUAGAAUAAAGAGCAUAAUUUAUCAUGCCUUGAUACAAGACACCCCUAAUUGCACAUUGAUUUUCUCCCCAUCUCCGAAACGAUUUGGCCGAGCUAUAUUGUCAACUAAGGUAACUAUGUGUUUAGAGAACAUACAAUGAAGAAUGAGUCAUUCGUCUUACUUUCAUGUCAGUUGAAAGAGUAGCUAGUCAAGGCGCAUUUUGUUCUUUCUGAUAAUGAGAUGUCUAACAAUUGUCUGUAUAAUGGCACCUUCUAGUACAUUAUAUUUUAUUACUGUACUCAAUUAAAUGAUUGAUACCAAAUGUUAAUUUUUGGAAAUGUCAGUACCUAUCGAUACUGUGUAUCUAGAGGCUUAUGUCUGACAAACACAGCCGACUCUUUAGUAGGAGUAGAGUCUAGAACGAUAGGAUGUACAAUAGAACAAGACGAGAUUAAGGGGAAUAGAACCGUAGCCAUGAUAGUAUUUGGUCAAUAUUCAACUAACAUGAUAAAUUAUCAGAAAUAUGUCAGAUUUUCAGUACCGGUACUAUGUAUCGGUUAUACACAAGAAGAUGUGUCUUAUUGAGGGACAGACUCAUUGAUAUAUAAAUGAUUUCCUUAGUACCGGCCAGGUCUCUCCAGCUUUUGUCCUUCACACAAUAGCCCACUAGUUAGAUAACAAUGUGUUAUCCUAAUGAUCUAUAGUUCACCAGCUAUUCUAAAGGCCUGUUCAAUUCUUAUGAGCAGAGUCAAUGUUGCGAGUGUAUUUAAGCUCCAGUAGAUUUCCAUUAGCUGUACUAAUGAGUGCAUCCAUACACAACAUGCUGGACUGAGGUGAGCUACAUGAUGGAAAUAGGUCAUUAUUAAAUAAACAUGCUGACUACAUGUUGCCAAGCAGAGGAAGUGAUAUUUGCCUUGACUCACUGAGGGCUAAGCUUGGAAGUUGAAUGAGGUAGCUAGGUUAUAUAGUAAAGUUGGUAGUAGUUGAAUUGAUAGACACACAAGGACAGAAUUGAUUGAGCAAAAAUAUACAUUUAUGUAGAUAGGUGGAUAUUUUGUUAGUUUAUCGUUUCUAUUCUGAAUUCUAAUUAGGAUAUAUUAUUAUUCAUGUAAAACAUUGACAGUGUUUGUUUGUGUGGAUAGUGGGUUAAAGUAACACUUGUGAGCCACAUAGGCAAGAGCAGCAGUCACUCACUCCCACCUCCAUCCACACAGACAGGCCGGCACUACAGCUGGUUGCUGGUCAACCACCCUCUCCUCUCUAAGAAUGUAGCUAGUGGAUAAUUAACGGUGUACCAGUGUUGGUCCAUCCACAGCUGGAAUAACAGAGAGUCUGCACACUACCAGGUAACAAUGGAGGCGCCCACCAGCCAGCCUCCUUAGUCACAUGGGGUGGCAGGUAGCCUAGUGGUUAGAGUGUUGGACUAGUAACCAAAAGGUUGCAAGAUUGAAUCACUCAGCUGACAAGGUAAAAAUAUGUUGUUCUGCCCCUGAAUAAGGCAGUUAACCCAUUGUUCCUAGGCUGUCAUUGAAAAUCAAAUUUGUUCUUAACUGACUUGCCUAGUUAAAUAAAGGUAAUAAAUAAAUAAAUUAGAAGCCUGCCUAACAUCUCCAAUGCUGAGUGCCCCAUUACUUGGCCUGUGUGAGUCACCAGCACAAACCUGCCAUUUGGCCAGUCAAUCAGCUGGGUAAAUAUUGGUUGCCGUGGCGAAAACUGACAAUGGAACUAUAUUUCUUUCUUGUCGAAUGACAGCAUCAAGUGAUGUUCUGGCGUGUGUUCAUAUGAUAAAAUGGGAGAGAACCUGUACGGUGUGAUUAAGUCGCAAACUGUCUGAGACUGUCCUAUUAAUGUGAGAUGUAUAGAUUUGAAUUUAUGACACAAUAUACGAUUGGGUUGUCAUGACAGUGUUGUUUCACCAGAGCAAUUUUGAAACUUCUGGGGGAAAAAUGACAAUCAGGUAAUAACAAUGCACAAAGACAAAUGUCAUUUUUAUCAGUGCGAGAACUAAUAACAAAUAUUAGGGUGUCUUAGGUGUCCAUUGCAAUCCAGUGGAUGAGUCUACUCUAGAAUGCUUGGUUAGUGUUUGCAGACAUCUUAUGGAGAUGUCAUGCCCAUCUCUCUCUCUCUCGUUGCCCCUCUGGCCCACGUCCUUCUCCAUCUCCUUUCCCUCUCGGUGGAGAAAACCUGGCACCUGUGCCCCCCCCCCCUCUAUGCCAAUCCCGCUGCCUGCUGCCUUGCCACCUCUCUGUAGGCCAGGUUCCCACCCUGGUAAAUCUGUGUUAUUGAUUUGUGAGUGUGUGUGUCCGUGUGUGUGUGUGUGUGUGGAUUAUCUGACCUUCACAUGGCAGGCAUGUUGGUUUCAAUCUACCCCUGGACCUCAACAUUAGUAUUUCUGUCUGUGUUGACUUUUCAAGAUUGCAUCGAUAUAACAUACUGAACAAAGCAAAGGAACACAAGCAGCAUCGUCUUCCAUCUUGACAUAUUUUCUGUGCAGUGAAGCGAUGUUGAUUAGGAUGACUCUUUUGGUUCAUUUGAUCUCCGUUCUGUCUCUGUUUCUGUCAUAUCUAUG